GGCAGGGAGGCAGCAUGCUAAACCGGGUGCGCUCGGCCGUGGCGCACCUGGUGAGCUCUGGGGGCGCCCCGCCUCCACGCCCCAAGUCGCCGGACCUGCCCAACUCGACCUCGGCGCCACCCGCCGCCCCUCCACAAGCUCCCAGAAGCCCUCCGGCUAGGGCUGGGAGCGGGAGUGCGGCGCCCGCGAGGACAGUAGAGGCUCGAGCAAGCUUCUCCCGACCGACCUUUCUGCAGCUGAGCCCUGGGGGCCUGCGACGCGCCGAUGACCACGCUGGCCGGGCUGUGCAAAGCCCCCCGGACACCUGCCGUCGCCUGCCUUGGAGCACGGGCUACGCCGAGGUCAUCAACGCUGGCAAGAGCCGGCACAAUGAGGACCAGGCUUGCUGUGAAGUGGUGUAUGUGGAAGGUCGGAGGGGUGUUUCAGGGGCACCUAGGGAGCCUAGCCGAGGCCAGGGACUCUGCUUCUACUACUGGGGCCUGUUUGAUGGGCAUGCAGGGGGCAGAGCUGCUGAAAUGGCCUCCAGGCUCCUGCAUCGCCACAUUCGGGAGCAGCUAAGGGACCUGGUGGAGAUACUCCAGGACCCCUCGCCACCUCCCCUCUGCCUCCCGUCCACCCCGGGGGCUCCAGGUUCCUCUGAUUCCUCUCACUUGGUUAGUCCUCAGUCCUGCUGGUCUUCGCAGAAGGAAGUGACUCAUGAGAGCCUGGUAGUGGGUGCCAUUGAGAAUGCCUUCCAGCUCAUGGAUGAGCAGAUGGCCCGGGAGCGGCGUGGCCACCAAGUGGAGGGGGGCUGCUGUGCACUGGUUGUGGUCUACUUGCUAGGCAAGGUGUACGUAGCCAAUGCAGGUGACAGCAGAGCCAUCAUUGUCCGGAAUGGAGAAAUCAUUCCAAUGUCGCGGGAGUUCACCCCGGAGACUGAGCGCCAGCGUCUUCAGACGCUUGGCUUCCUGAAACCAGAGCUGCUGGGUGGUGAAUUCACCCACCUUGAGUUCCCCCGCAGAGUUCAGCCUAAGGAGCUGGGGCAGAGGAUGCUGUACCGGGACCAGAACAUGACUGGCUGGGCCUACAAAAAGAUCGAGCUGGAGGAUCUCAGGUUUCCUCUGAUCUGUGGGGAGGGCAAAAAGGCUCGAAUGAUGGCCACCAUUGGGGUGACCCGGGGCUUGGGAGACCACAACCUCAGGGUCUGCAGUUCUACCCUGCCCAUCAAGCCCUUCCUCUCCUCUUUCCCUGAGGUGAGCCACAUGGGAGCCUCCUUAGCCUUCCCUGCUCUGGGGGUCUCAGGCCAGCUUUCUCCCAAGGUCGCGUUAUCCCCAAGCUCCCUCUGCACCCUCUCUCCCCACCAGGUACGAGUGUAUGACCUGACGCAGUAUGAGCACUGCCCAGAUGACGUGCUAGUCCUGGGAACAGAUGGGCUGUGGGAUGUCACCAGUGACUGUGAGGUAGCUGCCACUGUGGACAGGGUGCUGUCAGCCUAUGAGCCCAACGACCCCAGCAGGUACACAGCUCUGGCCCAAGCUCUGGUCCUGGGGGCCCGGGGCACCCCCCGGGACCGUGGUUGGCGUCUCCCCAACAACAAGCUGGGUUCUGGGGAUGACAUCUCGGUCUUCGUCAUCCCCCUGGGAGGGCCAGGCAGCUACUCCUGAGGGGCUCAGCCCCGAACCUCCCACCACCAUCCCAGCCUCUCCAUGCUUACCCCUCUCCCAACCCAAAUUCUGAAGUUGUCUCCUUGACCUUCUUUAGUGGCAAUUUAACUGAAGAAGGGGUGCCAGUU